CAUGCACUAAACCGGAAGGAUUUGACAAGCUAAGUCAAAUACUUAUUUACCGAACAGGCAGCUUCAGAAACAAACAGAGCGAGGAGCAGAAGGUGAGGUUUGUUGGGACUGGAGAUAUGAAUGCGGACAUCGAGGAGCAGGAAGACGAACUGCUCGCCCUGGAGAGUAUUUUUGAUUCGGAGGAAUUUGUCCGAAAUGAGUCGAAGUUUGCCGGAGAAAUCCGAGCGUGUGUUGAGCUGCCUGCAGGCUUCAACGUGCUUUUGAAAGAAGGAGAUACGCUGAGGCAGUAUGAGAUAUCGUUCCUUCCACCUGUGCUGCUGACAUUUGAACUCCCUGAGGACUACCCAUCCUGCUGCCCCCCCUCUUUCACCCUCUCCUGCAGCUGGCUGACACAAACUCAGCUCUCUGCAGUCUCUGAUCAGCUGACUGACCUCUACCAGGCCACUGGAGGUGCUGUGGUGCUCUUCUCCUGGGUGCAGUUUCUUAAAGAAGAUGCUCUCAAGUUCCUGGACAUCCAUACUCUGCUGGAGCUCCCCUCUGAAGAACACAGCCUGCAGGAACCAUCAAAUGCUGCACUCUUGGAACCAAAGAACAAUCAAUCCAAUCCAAAGUCAGAACCCACAGUUUGUAAUGUGUCAGAUUUAUGUAAACCAGACCUUUCUGCACCAUCCUUGGAAGAGGAGAAUCCAAGAGUGUUCCUUACAGAUGGCCAUGACCACUCUAACCAAAUAUCUUCAGAUGCUAGUGAGGCUAAACAGAUCUCAGAGUUUACGGCUGACCACCAGAAUGAUCUGUCCUCAGCCGCAGGCAAGUUGAAACAUGGCCAGGAAGAGUUCUUAAAUGAAGGGGAUGUUUCAGUCUCAUUACUACUUCCCUCCAGCUCCUCAGACCCACUGGAUCAAAGUGAACAAGGAGCUGCUUCUUUGCCACCCCACUCCUCAGAAUCCUCUCAGAAUGAAGACCAAACGCUCGCUGGUCUCUCGCUUACUCCGUCACAAACUCUCCUUUCCCAGCUCUUGAUCCAUAAUGCGGCUCAGAAACAGAAAAUGUUUGCCACCACCGUGUUUGACUGUGGUGUGUGUUUUGAGGGCUGGCUUGGUUCGGACUGUGUGCAGCUGCUGGAAUGUGGCCACAUUUUCUGCCGGGCCUGUCUCGGCAAGUUCUGCAAGCUCCAGAUAAAAGAGGGGAACGUCCGAGGGGUCACCUGUCCUGACGCUGACUGCCCUGCCACCCCCACACCUGCACAGGUGAGGAGUCUGGUAGGGGAGGAGCUGUUCGACCGCUACGAUCAUCUCCUUCUACAGUCAACGCUGGACUGCAUGGGUGAUGUGGUGUACUGCCCUCGGACUUCCUGUGGUUCGGCCGUCAUUGUGGAGAAGUCCAGCCGUGCCGCCCAGUGCUCUGUGUGCGGCUUUGCCUUCUGCGUCAGCUGCAGGAAGACCUACCAUGGAACAGAAGAGUGCCGGGCGAAGAAGAGCACGAAAACACAGGAAAUACAGCUGGGCAUUGCAAACCUGCCACAGUCACAAGAGGGGCUGAUGGCUCUGUGGGACGACUAUGCCAGCGGCAGUAAGCAGAGGCAGCGCCUCCUGGAGAACAGAUACGGCCGCAAAAUAAUGAGGGAAACUGUGGAGGACUGUCUGAGUGAAGACUGGAUAGUCUUUAACAGCAAGAACUGUCCUCACUGCUUCUGCAGCAUACAGAAGAACAGAGGAUGUAAUAUGAUGACGUGCUCAAAGUGCUUGAAUAGAUUCUGCUGGGCCUGCCUCGACAGACUGCAAACAGGUGCAAUGCAACACUUUGUGGACAAUCGCUGCGCCGCUGACUACAGAGAGUUCUGACCCAGUGCUCCUUCACUGCCAGAGGGAUGCAACCCAUGGUACGCUGUGUUUAAAUCAUUCUGCUUUUUAAGUGUACUUUAAUAAAUAGUUGAUAAUUCACAUACAUGAUGAUUUUCAAAUAGGGCAAACAAUUACAAAAAUGUGUGCGGCCAGAAAAACGUGUGAAUCUGUCAGUAUUGGAAAAAUUACUCAAGAAUCAUGGUGUUAAAAUUACGUAGAAGUACCUAUUGCGCAGAAUAGCUCAAUUCAGAUCAAAUAUUAUCUGUAUAAAAAAACAAUAUAGGCUAUAUGGGCCAACAAAUUAAAUGAUUGUUAAUUCAUACAAAAAAGUGAAACAUUUCUCUUAUAAUUAAUCAAAUAAAUUAAUAUAACUAAUUUGCAACCAUUCACACAAAUCAGACCUCUGUCUUACUGUGUCUGACCAACAGAGGAUGCUAAAUAACCACAAUGCAACAGCAACAACAACAGCAGCUUGGGCACAUUUUAACUUUGCUCAACACAAUAUUCCUAUUGUUUCAUCUGUAAAAUGCAGCUUUCUUAAAAACAUGCUUAAUCAUUAUGUAUUUAAUAAUAAACCAACAUUACAUUGCUGCAUGCAUGUUUGCAGCUCUGAAAUCAUAUAUGAAUAUUCUAAGAAAGGAAAUCGGUUAGUGGGCUUUUUAAAAAGAAAAAGAAAAUCAGAGUUCAUUCAAAAGCAUCAUUUCUUCCCCAGUUAUAAUUAUUGAACGUAGUGGUUAUGCAACAUUUUUCAUCUUUCUACCAAAUAUUUUCUUCAAUAACUGAUUCUGUGUUUCCUGAGCCUGUGGUGACGCUUUUGAAUGUCUUGUUUUGUUGGAACAACAGUCCAAAAUCCAAACAUAUUCUCUCUGCUAUCAUAUCACACUAAGAAAACAAGUAGACUUUCACAUUUAACCAGUAAUAUACGGCUUCGAAUAAAUACUUUGACAAUGAAGUAUUGGAAUUGUUGCAGUUUACUUUUCUCUGAAUUAACUAUUAAUUAAGAAAGUAUUAGAGCUGGAUUUUUUUUAUCAAUUAUUGUAUACAUCUUACUUCUUAUGUAAUGAAUUGUUCUACAAGGGUUUAAGCCAUGCAUUUACAUUACUGCUAUAAUGUAAUGAAGAGACAAAAGUUUGUUUGUUAUUUUCCAUACAUGUGCCUGUCAAUAGCUGCACACUUGUCAGCGUUUCUGAAAAUUAUAAUGCACCUUUGCACUUUGUAUGCAUGCAUGUGCUUGAUAGGAAAUACUUUAUUAUUCCAUGGUAGUACUUGAGGUUUGAUUUAGCAUUAUUAUGACAAUGUGGUUUAUUGAUGUACUGCCAAUGUGACAUGCAAACUUCUCAACCAGGAUCAAUAAAAUGGAAUGAUGUAGUAAA